AGUGGGACUCAGAAGAAUCCAGACAACAGGAGUUUUAUGUUUUGAACUUCGGAGUAGAGCACAGAGUCAUCUCAGGGGUGACAACGGAUGUUCAGGUUGAAUACAAGAAGAUAAUUCCUGGUGUGAUUGGUGCCCGGCGUCUGACCGAUGGGUGAAUGGGGAAAAAUAAGUAAGUCUGUUGGUCCUGUUGUUUUUUGAUAAAGAUGAAAUACCUACGCAUGUGAAUCUUGGUUAUGUAAGAUACGCCGUAAGAGCUUUCGUCCCCAAACCACUGUAGUGUAAGACUUGAAAUGAUUUGGCGAUCUUUCAAGUGUAUGCAGACGAACAGAGUAAACUGAAGAACGGUGUGUAGAAAGACGACCGUGUUGCAAUUGUGGUGGGGAUCAUGAUCCUGAGUUCCUGAAGUGCCCUUUACGGGUGAACGAGAUUGAGAUGGCAAACAUUUGAGCUGUUAAUCGAAUAUCCUAUGCAGAGGCGAUUAAAAUAAUUGAGAAAACAUGAAACUGGACAUAAUUGUGGCUGCGGCAGAAAAGUUUUCAGGAUUUAAGGAUUUUUCAUCAGAAUACUUGCAACGGGUACUGGUGCCGGAAGACCCACCCUCCCCUGUGUAGGGACCAGAUUGGUAUUAUUUUUCAAUGAUGGUAAUUUGUUAAAUUUUGGGGGGGAAUCCUGUUUCCAUCCGAAAAUCACAUUACAUUGUGUGAUCGCCAAUUAUACCAUAGAAGAAGAAGAAUAUUGGAUAAUUUUACAGCCUGUCCAGUAGUUGGCAGUAUGAGUCCUUUCUUUGCAUGUUUUCGCACAAUGGUCUUCAUAGAAGAAAAGGCGCGAUGUUUGGACUUUUCAGAAAAAACAAACUUGUCAAAAUAAGAAGUCUGAAUGAAACUACAAAACAUGGGGUGGCUGCAACAAGUCUGCAAGAGCUUCUCAAAAAGGGGAGUAAACUCCUACAGGUUCCACUCGUCGGUUCGCAUAUUUGCUUGUAUGAAGAUGGAACAGAGUUGUCAGAGGACUAUUUCCGAAGUCUUCCAGACAAUGCUGAACUUGUCCUUCUUGCCAUGGGUGAGAGAUGGAGCGGAUUUGUCUGUGACAUAAGCCGGUUGCUGGACACCGACAGGAACUUAGAUCUUCUGAUUGAUGCGGCUAAGGGGCUUCUCUCUGACGAGCGGUCUCCAAAGAGACGCAAACUCCUGGGGGAACUGCUGCUGCAUUUGAAGGACAGCUCUGACACUGAAAACAGAGAAGAUGAUGAAGACUGGUUCCAAGGAAUUGAUGUCAGAUUUAAGACCAAAUCGGCCUACAUGAAGUACAACUGUGAGAGCAGGAUUCGUGGAUACAUGAAGGAGGUGGAUAGUUAUGCUCAAACAAUCCAAAAGCCUAAACUCAAGGCAGAAUACAAGAAGACUGCAGAGUCCUUGAUGCUGCAGCUGAAGUCUGACAAGUACAAUGGCUGCUACUUCAACAGGACAGAGAAGGAACUCAAUCGACUAUGCACCAAGGAUGGAUGGUUCUCCUGUCAGGGUGCGUUUGACCAGGAUGAAUGCAUUUCCCUCCACUCCAUCAACCCCUAUGGCAACCGAGAGAGCAGGAUUCUCUUUAGCACCUGGAACUUGGACCACAGUUAUGGAUCAAAUCUGUAGAAAUCUCUGUCCCAGGAUUGAGAAGAAGAGGACGGUCAUUCCUGCCCUGGUGGAAGCACUGCAGAACCGCAAGAGCAGCAACAUAAACCUGGACUAUUUUUAUAAACUGCUGUUCACUCGGGAGAAUCUAAAGCUGGUGCAUAUUGUAUGCCACAAGAAAAGUGCCCAUGACUUGCUGUGUGAUAAAAGAAACAUGUACAAAUGGGGCAAACGAAAGGGAUUAUAAAGGGAAAAUGCUUUUUACAUUUCAGUGCAGAUGCCUUUUGUAGUGUUUGUUGUACAUUAUCUGUUUAAGAAUAACCAAGACUUAUAACUACUGGUAAAUUGAACUAAAUGUAAUUCAGGGCAGGGAACAUUGUUUUCUGCUGCUCUCAGAACAGCUGAUUUGUUGAUCAUUUUGUGCUAGUGAUAUUAAAAAGAACUCCAUUAUGAGCCACUGAUUGGGUAGUAGUCAAUGGGCCAAUCCCAAAUCGUCCCCUAAUCCCUAUGCACAGGGUGCAUUCAGUGUAAUUCAAUGCUUGCUACAUUGUGUGACGGUUUGUACUGAAAGACACGUGUCUCCCAAAAUGGUGCGUACCAUGCUUCAACAACCUUUGAGGUAAAUUUGUGCCCGUUUGGUGGUUGUGGCCUGAUCAAUAUGGAUGUAACUAUUUACAUUUUGAAACACGUGAAGCACACACCGCACAAUCUUCUGGGACGCCAUAAUCACAAUGUUCUUCAACUGGUCGUUCACUACCUUUUUCCGUUGAAUUUAAAAUGUAAAACACUGUUUUGUUGUACUGAAGACUUUCCUAUCAGAUGUCAAGGUGGAGCUAUUACCAGAUUGAUUACACCUGUCUAAUCCAUUUUUUUUUUUUUUUUUACCUUUAUUUAACUAGGCAAGUCAGUUAAGAACAAAUUAUUAUUUUCAAUGACGGCCUAAGAACAGUGGGUUAACUGCCUUGUUCAGGGGCAGAACGACAGAUUUGUACCUUGUCAGCUCAGGGAUCUUGCAACCUUUCGGUUACUAGUCUAACACUAACCACAAGGCUACCCUGCCACUCCAAUGCAUAGAGAAUGAUUUGUUUGGACAUUUUCAUAUAUAUUAUAAUUUUAAUGUGCUCUCAUUAUAUUUGGAUGUAUAUUCUAAUUUCAUUACUGUUUCCACGAUAAUUGUGUGGGGUGAACCAAUAAAGUAUUGAAAGAAAGUUGUCUCAGGUUUGACUAUAUUGUUUUGGAGUCACGCAGAUUUUAUUACAGCAGAGCUGUUUA